AUGAACGUACUAGCCCCCAACGGCGCAUCCAUGAGGCCCAAUUCGCCCUACCAGCAAUCGCUGGUGUCCUGGCGUUUCCAUGGCAGUGACACCAUUGUCUAUUCAGUUGCCGAGGAGACAUUAACAAAUGCGGCGAAGGAACCACACUUCCUGAAGACCUUCUCCUAG